CGGUAGCUGACUGAAUAAUAAUCAGUACAGUAGUGACUCACGGGCGUGGAAUUCUGUGCGCGCUCGGCUCGGCGCCGUCCGACAGGCAUUGAUAGGUUAUAAAACGUCAGUCAUGAGCGAUGUCCUCGUGAUCGGUCUCGCAAUCACGGGACGAUAAUUCGCAUCUUCCGAUGCUCCCGCGAAUCACCGCGGCCGCGUCACCAUGAUCUCCGCAGCCCCAUUUGUUUUGCCGUUUCUCUUCCUGCUAAACGCCCGGGCGAGUCCCGUGCUGGAUGCUCCAAAAUUGCUGAUCGUCUCCUACGAUGCGUUCAGAUAUGACUAUCUUGAGAGAAAGCUGACGCCGUUCAUGAACCAGUUAAAGGCAAAGGGUACUUACACUGACUACAUGAUGAACAUUUUUGUCACUAAAACUUUUCCUAAUCACCACACGAUGGCGACGGGAUUUUAUGCGGAAACACAUGGGGUUGUAGAUAAUGAAUUUUUUGAUCCUGUCAAAGAUAAUCUCACUAAGUAUUCAUACGAGCUGUAUCACUAUAACAACAAUAUUCUACCUAUUUGGACGGUUAAUGAAAAGAAUGGUGGACGCAGUGGCACAAUGAUGUGGCCGGGCUCUGUGUUCGAAUAUCAAGGAACUUCACCCACCUUUGCACAGACUUUUAACGAUACGAUUCCGUGGGAGAAACGAAUUGAUGAAUUACUGUCGUGGUUCGUGCAUCCCACGAAACCGAUAAACUUGGGAAUAUUGUACAUUGAAGAUCCGGAUUAUCACGGUCACGCCGUAGGAAUAAACAGCCCCGAAUUCAAUGAUAUUCUCAGAAAAUUGGAUAAUAUUACUAAAUACAUGCAUGACAAAAUUGAUCAUUAUGGCUUGACGGAAGAUCUCAAUAUGAUUCACUUAAGUGAUCACGGCAUGGCAUCUGUUACAAUGGAAAGAAUAAUAAAUUUAACAAAUUACAUCAACGCUAGUGAUUAUACAUUCGUGGGAACGUCUCCGGGAUUACAUAUUUUUCCUCAUUCUGGGAAAGAAGAAAUUAUUUACCAAAAAUUGAAAUUUGCCGCUGAACAAACGAAAACGUUCAAAGUAUAUAAAAGAGAAGAUAUCCCAAAGAAAUAUCAUUAUGGCAAUAAUACUCGUGUAGGACCGAUUUUUGUCAUUGCUGAAGUUGGAUACGCGUUUCAGAAUCUGUAUGACGCUAUAGAAUUUUAUAAACAGAAAUUUAAUAUUACAGUUAACAAUCAGACGGAAUUUGGGUUGCAUGGUUAUAAUAACGAAGCUAAAGAAAUGCAUCCAUUCUUCUUCGCGAAUGGCCCUGCUUUUAUACCAAGAUGUAAAUUAGAACCUUUCAACAAUACAGAUCUGUUUCCCUUGUUUUGUGAAAUACUUCAUUUAAAGUGCCCCAAGGUUAACGGCACUUUAUCUCACUUAACAAAGUGCCUUAGGACACAAUCGAAAUAUGUACCAAUAACUACAUAUAAAAUAUUGAUUGCAGUUAUGCUAACCAUCACAUCAAUAGGAAUUGUCAUUGUGGCGACAAUAAUUUAUAUAAAGAAACGAAGAUUAGGAUAUAAUUAUAGGAACUCAUAUUAUACAUUGGGCGAAUAAGGUAUUACAAUUGAAUAAACGUGACGUUUACAGUCUUUCAUUAAGUUUUAAGUUAGUGAAUUGAUUCGAUAUAUGACAAGGAUAUUAUACGAAAAAGAAUUAUAAAUUAUUAUGUUUUUAACAAUGACUAGUACAAAUACAAAUUUUUUUAAUCUUAGAUCUCUUCCAUGUUACAAGAAAACAUGCUCAAUAUAUAUAAUUUAGAAAUUAUUCAGUGUUGAUAUUUUUAAUGUUCAUAUUUAAAAUGAUGAUUUAUUAAAUUAUAUGUUUAAUAACACAAUAUGACAAAAUUUGAAACAGUAUUUCUCAUUGGUAUUUAUAACGUAAUUUAAUAAACUAUGAUGUGCAAUA